UCUACCUCUUCUAUUAUAUUCGCGAAUGCAUCACCUGGCAAACCGAUCUGGCAGCUCGAAUGAAUUAGUCUAGAUCAAGUGCUGGAACUAAAAUAACGCGGAUAGACACACGCACGAUCGGUUACUGAGCGCGUCGAUUGGCAUUCCGAGCGUAAUUCAAGUGUAGCUCAGCUCAGCUCCGCUCAGCCAAGGCGGGAAGGAAGUCAAUUGCCAUUCGUCGCGCGCAUUUUACGGAAAGUCGUUGAUCGGUGCAGACACGAAAAGUAAACGACCGCGGUGAAGUUCUUAAAAGGUAGAACGAUGACGGUUGAAAGUGCGAAUGGUACUAGUAAACAGGAUGAGAUAAAUUCAGUGAAGAACAGUGAGCUAGGAUGUGGUCGACGGUUAUUUCAAUUUACCCAAGUGUACUGGAAAACUUUGUUCGUGCUGACAGUUCCUCUGGUGACCGCGCUACUAUUUGCGAUCGAGAAUACACCUGCCUUCCGAUGUUUGUAUGUGGUGAUACUGAUGUCCAGCCUGUGGGUAACGGAAGCCCUUCCGUUGCCCGUCACUUCGAUGCUGCCGAUCGUACUAUUUCCGCUGAUGGGUAUCCUAAGUACCAGCGAAACUUGCAUAGUCUACAUGAAGGAACCAAUAAUAAUGUUUAUCGGUGGAGUCGUUUUGGCACUGGCGAUCGAAUACUGCAACUUGCAUAAACGAGUUGCCCUGAAAGUGAUCGCCCUGAUUGGGUGCAGUCAGCGGCGGUUGCAUUUGGGUUUGAUAGUCGUUACCAUGCUGCUGUCCAUGUGGAUCUCCAAUACGGCUGCUGUGGCCAUGAUGUGUCCCAUUGUGCAAGCGGUUCUGCAGGAGCUGGAAUCGCAAGGAUUAUGCACGAUGUUCGAAACGGUGGAAUCGAUCGAAGCGCCGGAAGGGAACUCGUUGAAAGAUAAUCAAAAGGAUGAAGUUAAGAAACCAUCCCGAACGACCCUUUGUUACUUUUUGGGUACAGCGUAUGCGUCCAGUAUUGGAGGAUGUGGAACGAUUGUCGGCUCCGGCACGAAUCUAACCUUCAAAGGACUGUACGAAAGCCGUUUUCGUAAUGCACCGUCGAUAGAUUUCCCAAGUUUCAUGUUCUUCAACGUUCCGUUGAUGCUGUUGAACAUUAUUCUCGUUUGGUUGUUCCUACAGUGGCAUUUCAUGGGGAUGUUUAGACCAAACAGCAAACAAGCCAAGGAAUCGCAAAUCGGCCGCGAAGGGGAAGCGAUCGCUCGGCGUGUCAUUGAGUCGCGUUACAAGGAUAUGGGUCCGAUGACUCCGCAUGAAAUCAGUGUGGCUAUUUUGUUUGUAGUCUCGGUUGUUCUGUUCUUUACUCGUAAUCCUGGAUUUGUCAGUGGUUGGGCGGAUUUGUUUCCUGGCGUACCAAUCAAAGACGCCACACCUGCAAUUUUUAUUGUGAUUGCACUGUUUAUAGUUCCCGCUGAUUGGCGAUGGUUGAAUUACUUCAGAAAGGGAUCAGGUCCUCUGCCCAAAGAGCCUUCCCCGGCACUGAUUAGCUGGAAGUUCGUUAACCAGAAGGUUCAUUGGAGUCUGAUUUUCCUGCUCGGCGGUGGAUUUGCACUGGCCGAAGCUGGCCGCGAAUCCGGCAUGUCAGCUUUGCUUGGCCACUCGCUCUCCGGGCUGCAGAGCCUGCCGCCGCUGGUGCUUCUGCUUGUCGUUUGCUUGACGGCUCAAGUAAUGACCGAGUUCACCUCUAACGUUGCUAUCUGCAACAUUCUGCUUCCAGUGUUGGCCGAAAUGGCCAUUGUGAUAAAAACUCAUCCACUAUACCUGAUGCUACCGGCUGCAAUGUCAUGCAGUUUCGCCUUCCAUAUGCCGGUGGGAACGCCUCCAAAUGCCAUAGUUGCUGGAGCUGGACGAAUUGCCAUCAAAGAUAUGGCUGUGGCAGGAAUUGGACCAUCACUGAUCACGCUGCUGGUGAUGUGGCUUGGAUUUCCAACGUGGGGCGCCAUCGUGUAUCCAGAGAUUAGCACCUUCCCGGAAUGGGCGAUGGAGGGUCUGGCGAAUACAACCGCGCACUGACUUUUUGUUGUUAUUUAUAAUGUUAAGUCAUAAAAUAAGAAAAAAUGUAAUGAUAUUUAUUUAAAAAAUGGUGUAUGAUUCAUUUGAGCUCGAGUGACUGAUUUAGUCUACACUUUUUUCAAACAAUAGUUUCUUCAGACUAAACACAGGUCUGACACGAACUAAAAGACACUGAAAAACUUCAACGUUAUCACAGUCAUUAGCUACCUUCAGUAAUUGUUAUCUGUCUUAUCAGUACCGAUAACUGAUAAGAAAAUACCCAUCGAACACCAAUUAUUUGAGUUAGACAGGUGAUUUAUUGUCCGAUUGAUAUUUCAGUCAUCGACAGUUGCAUCGGAUUGACGAAUAAAUCUUUCAGUGAUUGUGUUUGAUAA